GUUUUUCCCCCAUUUCGCCGUCUCAAAAAACUUAAACCCUAAAACUCUACCCUCCGCCGCCUCCCUUCAAAUCUUCACCGUCCGUACUCCGCCGCGAUGUCGGCAGCCUCCAGAGGGCUAUUCUUUAGCCUCCGCCCCGCUUCAAGAUUCGUGCUCCCCCAAUUCCUCUAUUCUAGAAGCUUCGGUGCUGCGGCGUUGGCCGACGAUUUGGAGUCUAACGCCGUUAGGGUUAUCGAGGCGAGGCCUAGGGAACUUACGCCGGAAUCGAAGAGGACGGGUGCGAUCGCCGUUAAGUGUGGGAUGACGGCGUUAUGGGAUAAGUGGGGAGCUAGGAUUCCGAUCACGAUCCUUUGGUUGGAUGAUAAUGUUGUUACUCAGGUUAAGACGCCUGAGAAAGAAGGAAUCACCGCGCUUCAGAUUGGGAUGGGGCAAAAGAAGGAGAAGCACCUGACAAAGCCUGAGGUAGGGCAUUUCAGAGCUCAAGGAGUACCUCUAAAGAGGAAGCUGAAGGAGUUCCCAGUAACCGAGGAUGCACUUCUUCCCGUUGGAACGCCAAUCACUGUCCGACAUUUUGUUCCGGGCCAGUAUGUAGAUGUUAUUGGCAUUACGCGGGGUAAAGGUUUUCAGGGUGGAAUGAAGAGGUGGGGCUUUAAAGGAAUGCCUGCAAGUCAUGGUACUUCAUUAACUCAUAGAAAUAUUGGUUCUACUGGGCAGAGAGAUGCUCCUGGAAAGGUCUUCAAAGGGAAGAAAAUGCCUGGGCACAUGGGAGCUGCUCAACGGACAGUGAAGAAUGUAUUUGUCUACAAAAUUGACCCUGCAAGAAAUGUGAUGUGGGUGAAAGGGCAGGUUCCUGGAGCUGAAGGCAACUUUGUUUUCAUAAAAGAUGCUGUAUACAAAAACCCCAUCAAGGAUAAACCCUCAAAUUUACCAGAGAUUCCGUUUCCAACCUAUUUUAUUCCAGAGGGAGAGGAGGCAUCUGAGCUUGAACCCCUGGUUGCUGAUAUGGGAGAUGUGGAUCCUUUCAUGGUGGCAGAUUAGCUGAUGGCUUGAAGAGUUAGAAAGAGCAUCUUAUGUUUUCUCUCUUUUAAAAUGGGUUGUAAGGGCAGUAAUGUAAUCCUUAGUUUUUCCCCUUUCUUUAACAGGGUAUUGUUUCGAUGAAAUUUUGAUGGUAAUCCUUUUGAACGGCUUCAUCAUUUUGUAUUGAAUCUCCCAUUCAGUGAAGCUAGGAAUUGCUGUUUUGUUUUCAUGUAAGCAUGGAAAUGAGUUCCAAUAAGUUCUGUAUGAUGGAAGGAAGAUUGCUUCGUUUAUUGUAGAGUCUAUUAUUGACUAGUGAAUUAUUGUGCGCUUGAUGCC